AAACUGGUCUUCACAUUUUUUAAUAGGUUGAAUGAGUUUUAUAGUGAAAUUAUAAUUUUGGGCUAUUAAUUUGAAAAGUCAGCCUAGAGUUACAGUGGUGAAACCCAAGCUAUACUAAACCAGUCCAAAUUCACUUCAGGCUGAACUAGACUGCAUUUUCUUGAGAAAAAAUGGCAGGAUGUUUGGAUCACCUGCAGUUGCCACGCAUUGCAGAAUGGUUGGAGUUGACUGAAAGGAGAAACACCAUUGCAUCCAUUGUCUCCAGUGCCUUGUUCUUCAGUGGCUGGUGGAUCAUCAUAGAUGUUGCUGCCAGAUACCCAAGUACUCAGGAUUUCAAUCAUGCAUACCAUGUUUGUGGUGUCAUGGGUACACUCUCUUUGAUAAUGAUAAAUGCAGUCUCCAAUGGACAAGUGAGAGGAGAUGCAUACACAACAGGAUGUAUGGGACAGAGAGGUGCCAGAGUUUGGCUCUUUGCUGGCUUUGUCCUUGGCUUUGGAUCCAUCAUUGCAGCUUCCUGGAUCCUGUUUGGCGCCUAUGUUGUCCCAAAAAGGGAGAAUCAGUGGCCAGGAGUGGGCCUAUUCCUUCAGAAUGCAUUCAUCUUCUUUGGUUCAUUGGUCUACAAGUUUGGCCGGUCUGAAGAUCUGUGGGGCUGAGAGAUGCUUAUACUUGGAGGAGGGGGGG